AUGGAGCGUCGCAAUGUCUAUCAGGCUUUGGCAGCGCCAGAGAGUAUCCGACUGCUGCGUCUCUUACCCAGCACGAAUGCCCACGCACCGCUUCGAGGCCAGCUAUUCGAGUGUAAUAUCAUGGACUUUUACGGAAAACCCAGCUCAUUUGAGGCUCUCUCCUAUGUCUGGGGUGACCCGAAACAAAGCCAUUUCAUCUUCCUAGACGGAUCAGAACACCCCAUCACAUCCAACUUACAUGCGGCACUGACGCAUCUCAGAGGUCUGCAUGGAGAGAGACUGCUGUGGGCAGAUGCUCUAUGCAUCAACCAGAAGGACGAUCGUGAAAAAGAACAUCAGAUUGGACUGAUGUACCAGAUAUACGCUUCUGCCAGUCGCGUUGUUGUUUGGUUAGGAGAGAAACAAGACGGGAGUGACCAUGCAUUCCAAGAUCUGCGAGUCAUUGGUCGUAGAAGGUCCACAGAGUCUGUAACAGACCAACGUGUAUUGGAGAGAAUUUUCCUAUUGUUCCAUCGACAAUGGUUUCGUCGUAUAUGGGUUCUGCAAGAAGUUGGUGCCGCUCGACACAUUCUGAUACAGUGUGGACACUCUACAAUCGAUGGAUAUGCUUUCAGUCUGGCUGCCAAUGUAUUGAAACCGCUGUUUAGUACCCGUGCUGAGUCGCGAGGACUGCAAAACACGGUUCAAUCUUUGGCCUACCUCAUACAAGGUUCAGUCCACAGACAACCUUAUCAAGGGUUUGGUGCACCCUCUGAUGGCAUUGCGCCUUUUGGGGAGCUGAUCGACAUGUUUCACGACCGCGAGGCAACGGUGGCCCACGACAAAGUGUUUGCCUUGCUCGGAAUGAGUUCACAUGAUAUGACCAAGUCGGGCUUGGAACCAGAUUACACCAUUCCCCUCGGUCAGCUAUUCAACAGACUUGUCAAGUUCAUCCUUUCUGAUCGCAUACUGGUCGACUGUCGCAAAGAAAAAGAAGUUGCUGUGAUCAAAGCUACAGGCUAUGUGAUUGGCAAUAUCUACAGUGUUGGGGAUGAUGCGCAAUCUUUCAACUUGCAGAGGAUUCGUUUCCAUUGGACAGGUGUAAUUGAUCGUCUAGCAUCAGAUGAUUCCGAGCUCUCUUCUCAUGGGACCGAGGCUGAGGUCGAAAAUGACGAGUAUUGGAAGAUGCCAGCCUCGUCAACGCCCGUUCAGAAGGGUGAUCUCAUUUGUCUUCUCGACGGUUCUGUGACGCCUACCAUUAUAAGAGUCUACAAAGACUUCUCGGUGGUUGUGGUUGCAUCUGCUACACUGAGUCCACGGACAGAAGACAACAACAGCGACCUCUGGGAAAAGCGUGUGAAGCAGCUUGGCCUACCCAAACGCGAUCUUCUUCUUGUAUGGGACUGGUACUACACCUCUGAGUCGUAUUCACGUUUGGCAAACUACAGAGCCUGGGCUAUAUCAAAUGAUUGGGGAACCGAAGACCCAGUAUUUGUCGCCAACAAGUCUCUCAAUGACCUCUCUCGACAUUUGGAUCAUGUUCUCAUACUUUCAGAUGGCUUUGGCUAUAAUGAGAGGCUGCUCAGAGAGCUACUUAUGCAUUUUGGCACGGCGAUACAGACAGAAAGUUCACGCACCAUGUGCGAAAAAAGGUUCGCAGACUUCUUGUACGAUAUCAGCACAUCAUCUGCCCAUGCACCACCAAUCGCUCACGGUUCUGGUUCUUACUACAUCAUGCCACGCCUCCUAAACUGGGCCGUUGAGAGCCACAACAAGAUUGCAGCAAAACUCAUCAUUGCAUCGGGCGGUUUGGAUGACAUUUCACUAUAUGGCUCAGAUUCAGAGCUACCCUCACCAUUUCAGAUGGCAGUGAAAAGUGGCGACAUGGAUAUGAUCGGUAUUCUUCUACAGGCUGAAGCAGUCAUUCAUGCAUCGGCCGUUGAACCUGAAGGAAUGACGGCACUUCAAGCAGCCGCGAAACAUGGAAAUAUAACCGUUGUUGAGUGUCUCAUUCAGCUGCAGGUAGACGUGAAUGCAAAGCCUCCCAAGGGAGGGAGAACGGCACUCCAAGCUGCGGCGGAGCAGGGUCAUGUAGGUGUUGUUGAGCGGCUACUCCAAGCAAAAGCAGACGUCAACGCAAAACCAGCCGAGAUUGGUGGAAGAACGGCGCUCCAAGCCGCAUCUCAGAACGGUCAUGUAGCUCUUGUCGAGCGACUACUUCAAGCAAAGGCAGAUGUUGACGCACAGCCGGCCGACGACGGCGGAAGAACAGCACUCCAAGCCGCAGCGGAGCAGGGUCACAUGGCUGUUGUCGAGCGGCUAAUCAAAGCAGAAGCAGAUGUGAAUGGACGGGGAGCAUUCGACAAUGGAAUACUAGCACUGUCUGCUGCAGCCGGAAAUGGUCAUUUAGCUGUUGUUGAGUGCCUUCUUGACGGUGGCGCACGGAUCGAUAAAGUCGCAUGGGGCCAGGGUGGGAUAGCACUCCAUGCCGCAGCCGAGAAUGGCCACAGGGCCAUUGUAGAGAGGCUGCUCGAGACAAAAGCGUCCGUUGAUAAAGCGGAUAAGCACGGAGUGACAGCACUCAUGUUGGCAUCGAAACAAGGCCAUGUAAAGGUUGUGGAUCAGCUUCUCAGAGCAGGGGCGUACGCAUUGUACCCAGACGACACCGGCGUGACUGCCCUCAUGUGGGCGUCGCUUAGGGGACAUAUAGCGAUUGUGGAGAGACUGAUUGAGGCAGAUGGCUAUGUUCAUGAUAAUAGCAGGGGUGGAAAAGCACUCGACUAUGCGUUGAGAAACGGCCACCAUGAUAUCGUCAAGAGACUCGAGGAACAAGGAGCGCUUGUCAGCUACGAUUCGGGUUAUUACAUUGACGAGAACGACAUACCGCAGAGGUUCGGUCGGUGGAGGGCCCCCAAUCGGUGGUAG